UCUUAACUAUCCCAAAAGUCAGCUCUGUUGCACACGGAUGUUGGAUUCUGUUUAUUUUUCUCUCAAAAACUGUUGGUGCACAUGAACGAUAUUUUAAAAAUCUGCCAAUGAGAGAACUGUUGCCCAACCCGGUUGGAUGGAGGACGGUGAAGAAUACACAUCCCAAAAAAAAAAAAACAUCCAAUGAUUCACAAUCGCAGUUUGACUUUCGUGGUUGUCGACUUUCAAGAUCAGCUGUUCAACGACAAAUCUACAAGAGUGACCUGUUUUGGGAGAUGGAGAAGAAGGGAAAAAAGCCGUUCCUGAGAGCUUCUGAAUUUCAUCAAGCCUCAGAGGAACUACACGUGAACCACGUUGUGUGAUCAAACCAAACUUCUGACAAAUACACUAUAAUGGCCAACAAGUAUGUGGACACCUGAGCAUCACACCCACAUGUGGUUCUUCCCCAAACCGUUGCCGUAAAUUUAGAAGCACAUGAUUGUUUAGAAUGUCUUUGCAUGCUGUAGAAUUACAAUGCAUGUAUAACGAUGCGAGCUCCAUGAAGACAUGGCGUGUGAAGGUUGGAAGAAGGUCGAAGAACUCGAGUGUCCAAUGCAGAGCCCUGACCUCAACACUGAACACCUUUGGGAUGAACUGGAACUGGAGCCUCUUCAACCGACAUCAGUACCUGACCUCACUAAUGCUUUUGUAGCUGAAUGAACACAAAUCCCCACAGCCACGCCCCAAAAUCUAGUGGAAAGCCUUCCCAGAAGAGUGGAGAAGAUCCCACAAACCCAUUAGUAAAAUAUAAUGGUGGUGGAUUUGUUCGAUAUAUUGCGCUGAUGGUUCAGGAGGCCUUGUGAAGAUCGAACAUUUGAUAGAGCAUUUUAUUCUAUUUAACACUGGGAUAUUUCAGUCGUAAACACUGGUUGCAUCUGCCAAGAGGUUACGUAAAUGUACCAACAAUCUUAACAACCUCAAAUAUAUUACACCCAAGGGUCUGAGAUGUCUCCAAAAUUGUUGGGGCUUACAGAAAGAUGCUUAGUCCUGUUUAUCUUUGCUUGUGUGGUAUCUUUAAAAAAAAAAAAAAUCCCCUCCAGAAUUAAAUAAAUAAAUAAAAGGUGUUAAAAUUAAACUAUACAGCAUUCAUACAUUUUUAAGUAUGGCUCGAUGCGGGUAUUUUUCCCCCCGUAUAUCUGAAUGAAAGUUGCAAUAAUUCCACUCUACUGUGUAGUUUUAUUUGUAUUUAUUUUUAUUUUCUACGUUUUUACGCUUUUAUCAUGAAAACCUUCUGUGCUUUCAUAUGCCUCAGCUUCCCUAGUCACUGGCCGUCAACGAGGCCGGAUCUCGAAUUGUCCUGUGUUUUAAAUCUAGUGCACUCUGUAGGGCGUGCGCGCCUAUUCCUUGGCACUCUAAGUAGGGUGCCUACGGAGUGAACAUUGCGCUAUUUGGCGACGCCCUCUGUUUGGCUCUAGAGCUAGUCAGGUUUAGUUAGCUGCAGUUCUUCGGUUAGGAUUUCGAGCUAGAGCAGAUGUAGAUAUUAACUAGAAUAUUAAAACUAAUAAACGGUAAAUUAGUGUACGGACCGGCUCGACGAGAUGUUAUGAUAGUUUUCUAGAGGAUGUCAGCGAUUUAAAAUGUUCAAAAUAUCUAUUUUUACCGUUAGCUAGCUAGCUCACUUAGCUAAUAAACCGGUUAGUCAUAUGAGCUGACUAGUUGACUCCAUAUGAGCUGACUAGCUCCUGUUGUUUUAUAGAUAAUUAUUAUUUAUAAUCUGUUUAUCUUUCUUUCUGAGGGUUUUUUUUUUCUUUCUAGCAAACUAUAUACACUUUCUGGAUAAUCCUGCGGGGUUUGUUUGUUUGUUUGUUUGUUUGUUUGUUUUGCAGUUAGUUUUUGCUUCGAGUUUGCUAUAGAAGAACCAUACACAAUAUAUAACAUAUAUAUAAUAAAUAUAAUAAAUAUAUAAUAGUAAGCAGUAAUUAGCAUUAGUGUAGUUAUUUAGUUUGUUUUUCUCAUCAUCAUGGCUGCAGAACUUCAAGCCAAAUACACCAAACUGGCUCAGGAGUACUCAAAGCUCCGAGCACAGAAUCAGGUCCUGAAGAAGGCGGUGGUGGACGAGCAAGCCAGUUCUAACUCGCUGAAGGAAGAGGUGAAGCAGCGCGAACAGAGCCUGCGUAAAGCCGAGCAGGAGAUGGACAGCCUGAGCUUCAGGAACCAGCAGCUGGCCAAAAGAGUGGAACUGCUGCAGGAGGAGCUGCAGGUCACCGAGGCCAAGAGUAAAAAGGGCAAGAAUAAAGGAGAUUCUCCGUCCCAGCCCAGUUACCAGACGCAGAGCGUGUUUGACGAGGACCUGCAGAAGAAGAUUCAGGAGAACGAAAGGCUUCACAUCCAGUUCUACGAGGCGGACGAGCAGCACCGUCAGCAGGAGGCUCGGCUCCGAGUGAGACUGGAGCAGCUGGAGAAAGAUGCAGAGCAGCACCAGGCCGUGGUGGACGGUCUCGCCUCCAAAUACAUGGACACCAUCGAGAAACUACAGAGCGACAAGGCUCGCCUAGAGGUUAUGGUUCAGACACUGGAGAGAGAGACCAAGGAGUGCCGACUCAGGACCGAGGAAUGCCAGCAGCAGCUGAGGAAAUAUCAGACCGAGCUGAGCACUCAGCUAAAACACAACAGCAGUGUGAUCCAGGAGAAAGUUCCCUUCAACGACACCAAAUACAGUGACUACAACAGCUUAAACGUUCCCCCGCACAACAGAAGACAUCAGCUGAAAGCUCGAGAUGCAGCAGGACAAGCCGUGGGCUUCGUGCAGGAUCUCGUCUCUGCUCUGCUCAACUUUCACUCGUACACAGAGCAGAGGGUUCACAUUUACCCCCUGGACUCAUCUAUCGAACCCGUCUCACCUCUCAAUCAGAAGUUCUCUCAGUAUCUGCAUGAGAACGCCGCCUACGUGCGCCCCCUGGAGGACGCCAUGCUGCAGCUGCAUCAGAGCAUCACGGAGGACACGGUUACAGUACUGGAGACGGUGGGGAAACUGCAGGACUUUUCCAGAUCUUUCUCCACUUACACAAAGUUUCUGCAGAAGAUCCUGCCUUAUCAGCUAAAAAGUUUGGAGGAAGAGUGUGACGUCCCUCUCUGCACAGCGUCCCUGAGCGCUAACAACCGUGAGUUACAGAGCGAUAUGAAGCGAGUGACCGCUGUGUUUGAGAAGCUGCAGAGCUACAUCGGUCUCUUGGCCUUGCCUAGUGUGCGUUUGGACGCUGUGCCUCAGAGCAGCUCCAGCGCAGUCUUCACCCAGCUCGCUGCUUGUUUACACGGCCUGCAAGAUGCCACCAAGGAGCUGUUCAAGCAUUACAGUCAGAAGGUGGCCCUUGAGCAAGAGCUGCCUAACAUCACUCAGAAGCUGCGCACCACUAACGAGUGUUUACUCUCCUCCCUGGCCUCCCUCAGCAACAUCACGAAGAAGAUCGCAACGUUCUUCAGCAACAAUCUGGACUUUUUCAUCUCCUCGGCCGGGUACGGGCCCAGAGGCGGAACCGGAAGCCUGAACCCUCAGCAGGCACACAGCAUGCUCAGUAACAAAAAGCACGCAUCCGACUACAUGCUGGCGCUCAGGAGGGCGCCUCCUGAGUCUGUUCCGUACACCGAGGCUCUGUCUAACAGGCGCAUCCUCACCAGCUCCACGGAGAGCAGAGAGGGCCUCAUGCAGCAGGUGCAGCAGAGUCAGGAGAAAAUCGCUCGUCUGGAGCAGGAGAAGGAGCACUGGCUGCUGGAGGCUCAGCUGGGCCGAGUACGACUGGAGAAGGAGAAUCAACGCAUAGCUGAACUGGAGGCCAGACUCUCCUCAGCCCUCGGAGACGGCAUCGCCGCACCCGCACACACCGACCCGGUCUCUACAGGACCAGCUGAGCCAGAUAAAGACGAGAAUACGGGUCGAGACGCAUCUCAAAGCAGCAGUCUGGUUGGAAUGCUCACCACAACCCCGACCAAUGAGAGCGUUGGAGACGAAGAGUCUCGGGAACACCUGAUCAAAACCCAUUACAUGGCGCGAGUGGCCGAGCUCACCUCACAGCUGCAGAUGUCCGACAGCAAGGCCGUGCACUUUCACGCAGAGUGCCGAGCGCUGGCGAAACGUCUGGCUAUCGCAGAGAAAUCUCGAGAGACUCUCACAGAGGGGAUGAAGCAAGCCAAUCAGAACAUCACGUCCCUGCAGGAUGAACUGAGCACGACCAAGAGGAGCUACGAGGACCAGCUGAGUAUGAUGAGCGAUCAUCUCUGCAGCAUGAACGAAACCCUGAGCAAACAGCGCGAGGAGAUCGACACGCUCAAACUGGGAAACAAGGGAAACUCCAAGAAGAACAAGGGCCGGUAGUUUGGUUCGGAGUUGUUCAGCAUCAGUGUGAAGGAAGGAGGAUGUGUUGGGACCAGGCAGAUUUCUCUUAUACACACACACACACACACACACACACACACACACACACACACACACACAAACGAAAGAGAGACAUGGAAACAUGACGUCCUGCUCUGCUCAAACAUAACUGACCAAUCAUGACUUGGCUUCAUUCGUGUGUGUGUUUGUUUGUUUAUUUUUCACAACAGCUUGUGUGAGUGGUUAAAACUGACAUUUCAGCACCUUUAUCUUCUGCUAUUUUGCCAUUUUUCCAUGCAGAAAGAUUGUUAGUGAUUUUUUUUAUUUUAUUUUACAAACUAAAACAAAGGCCCAAAGAGUGCAGCCCAGCUGAACGAGCGUGUGUACUGAUCAUACUGCAACUGUAAUUUUGUCUGCACACACACACACACACACACACACACACACACGCGCACGCACAAUUCCUGACAUUUCAUCUUCACCAGUUCCUUAUCAUAAGUAUCAAAUUUUCCUACUUCCUGUUUGAAGAUUAGUUUCCAUAGUUACCGAGACCUAUAAAACGCGUCCUUCUAUCCUUAAAGUUUUACUCUUCCGGUAUAGGAAAUAACAUUAAAGGUGCGGUCAGUGAUUUUUUUUAUUUUUAUUUAUUUAUUUUUUUAAAGAUGAAGUCAGCCCUUUUUUGUAAUAUUUCUCAAAGCUCUGCUCACAUUGCAGAGGCGUCUCCACUCUCCCUACAGUCAUGCUUCUUGUUUCUUCUUUGUGUCCGAGUCGUUGAUAUUCUGAUGACACGAAAUACCGAAAUAGCUUAUUACACCUUUAAUGGUUUUGAAACGGGUUAGUCUGUACUGUUUUUGAUAAACCACUCAAGGCUAAACGUGAUUCUCCUAACACGUCAGUUUUUAAAAAUAUUCAAGCCUUUUCCAUAACCGAAUAAUGUAACCCUUGCUCUGCGUUAUACGGCGUUUAUAAGAAGGUCGAGCGGACGACGUACAGACAUCUGGAACGUUGUUGUACAGUUACGAUCGAGUGAAUACGAUUUUUCUUCCACUAAUCGCUAACGUAUACGUGGCGAUAUUCUCGUGACGUGAAAUCCGUUCAUCAAACACACGCCGAUGUACAAGUCCCCACUCUCUCGGUCCCCGUUAUCAGGAGCGCGUUUAUCCGGAAUACCUGAUGCUGAUCGCUGUACUCGCGUAGCACACAGUGACUUCUACGGCUAGAUCAUUUCAUUGUGUAGCUCUGCAAAAUAUCGUAACUAUUUUACAACGAUUAAUACGUAUCAUGCAACCCGAGUGAGAGAUCACACACACACACGCUUAUACACGCUUAUAAAUCCAGUACAGGAGACUAGUCCGUACCUCAGUAGUACUUCAGCAUGUAGCCGGAGGUUAUAAUCAGUGACGUAGAGAGCUGUUAAGAUAGAAGCUCUCACUGUGAUUAGGUGUGAAUGAUAAAAUGUUAUAAAUAUGCACUGGGCAGAUUUUUCUGCGGGGGAAAAAAAAAUUGGAAAACACAAAACGUUAAUGUGAAUAUAUGUUCAAUUCAUAUCAUGUCUUAUGUUGGGUUGUUGUUUUUUUUUUUUGUUUUUUUUUCUUCUGCCACCAAACUUUUAUACAACGGCUUUCUUUCAACCAGUGAAAUCAGUGUUUACGCAAGAUUUAUGUACAGAUAAAUAUCAGCUGAGAAAAAGACAUUAGGCAAACCCGACACUCUGUUUUAACCAUGUCUAUCCAUGAUUAACAAAUCCUGAACUUUUCUUUUUUUUUUUUUUUUUUUUUUUUUUAAACAAACGGUCGUGAAUCACCGGUGAUCCACGUAGUUGCUUCUCUUCAAGUUUACAAUCGUGUAUUGUUCGGAGCCAGACUCGAGCAAGAACUGCGAACGAUUUGCCCAUUUAAUCUACACCACGCACUGAUCGUAUGCCAAAACCAUGUAAAUGAAACAUGUGACAUGAAUAAUAAAACUCGUGUAUAUGAACGGUACGGGGCGUUGUUUUCACUUCAUAUUAUGGUGGUCGUUAUAUCCAAGUUCCACUCUUUAAAUGAAGCUUUUAUUUAGUAUGACUUGUAUUUACAUCUCUAAUAAUAAAAAAAUCGAAAAGGGAAAAUUAUGUUGGUGAGCCGACAUCUCCAAACCAGCAGGUCUUGUGGGGUGUUCACGGUGUGUAGUGGUUAUCCAUCCAUCUUCUAUACCGCUUGUCCUUCCUUCAGGGUCACGGGGGAACCUGGAGUCUAUCCCAGGGAGCAUGGGGCACAAGGCGGGGUACACCCUAGACAGGGUGCCAGUCCAUCACAGGGCACAAUCACAUACACACUCACACACCCAUUCAUACACUACGGACACUUUAGACACGCCAAUCAGCCUACCAUGCAUGUCUUUGGACUGGGGGGAGGAACCUGGGGCCUAUCCCAGGAAGCAUCGGGCACAAGGCGGGGUACACCCUGGACAGGGUACGUGUAUAACAAAAGCUGUAAAACACACUUAGCAGAAUGACUUUAAUGUGCACUCUUGAUUCUUUUUUCAACCGAGUGCUUUGAGCUGAUAAUGUGGUGCCUGGAGUUCAACUCCACAACAUGGUCAGGCACGAGUGGUUCACAGAGGCAGUUCAGGACAACAUCCAGAUUCCUCAUGAAACCAAAGAAUUCCUCUUCCACUUUAUUAGGAACACCUGUACGCCUGAUGGUUCAUGCGAUUAUCCAGUCAGCCAGUCGUGUGGCAGCAGCAGCAGCAGCAGCACCACAGUGUAUAACACAAUGCAGAUACAGAGUGGUUAUUUGAGGUACCUUAGACUUCCUGUCAACUCAACUGGACCAAGUCUAACCAUUCUCCGCUCUUCUUCAUCACGUUUUCUGCCUGCAGACCAGCACCGCUCUGGAUCAAUACCAGAGACUGCUGUGUGUGAAAACACUAGGAGUGCAGCAGUUUCUGAAAGACUCAAACGUCCUUGUCUGGAACCAACAAGCAAGCAUUGCGCCGAUGCUACACGAUUGGCGCACCACAUUAAUGUGCUGGUGUUCCUAAUAAAGUGGCUGGAAACAUGCCAGACUUGACCCAACAACCUCCAAGCUCAGCGGCACGGCUUUUACACCACAAAGCCACCAAGUUCCAGACAAACACACUGGUGUUUUAUGGACCUUUGACUUUUAAAAUGACAACCAAAGAAAGAAAAAAGGAAAGACACACCCACUAGCCACUUUAUUAGGAACACUUGCUCAUACCUGCUCCUUAAUGCAGUGAUCCACUCAGCCAGUCAUGUGGCAGCAGCUUGAUUCAAAACUCAUACAGCAUGUUAGGAAGGUGGGAUCAGAGCACCAGGUCAGCCAUGAUACAGCACCCCUGGAGAUCUUGCUCAAGGGUCCAACAGUGGCAGCUUGGCUGCACCAGGGCUUGAACCCUCAACCUGUGGGACCGUGGGAUGGUUCUUGGCACCAGACAAGAAGGUUUUCACUGUGGAGGAAAUGAUGCCUCACGUGCAGCACCUGAACGGAGCCGUGACCAAAAACCUCUUCCUAAAGGACAAGAAGAAGAAAAGCUUGUGGCUCGUCUCGGUGCGUCACAACCGGCAGGUCAACCUGAACGACCUGGCCAAGAAGCUGGGCGUGGGCAGCGGGAACCUGCCCUAAAACAGGAUUUCGCUGUUGGACUCCGUGACGUCCCACUCCACCCGACUGGAAUCGUGGAAGACGGCUGGACCGUGGACCGUCUGUUCAUCCUGUGUUACUGGGACUACCUCAGAUCUCGAGCGGGCAGUCUUCUGGCCUGGAAAGACUCCCACAGAGGCCUCGUGUGAACUCUGAUGGGAAACGCUACAUGAGAAAGAGAGACCGAGAUCAGAAAAAUAAUAACCUGAUAAAUAAUAAAGUGUCAACUUGACCCAAAGCAGUCUUAAGAGUCUCUUCCUAAAAGAGUUGAAUAAACACAUAAGACAUAAAGGUAACACAUAAAGGUACUUCACAGACACAGGAGUAAUUUAUGUG